AUGUCGUUCCUUCAAGGCGCAAAAUGCCUGCUCCUGAUCUCUUCGCUGGCCGCAGCACUGCCUCACGUUAAUUUGAAGCGGGAUAUCGAGACCAACUGCACCGCCAUCCGUCAGCGAGUGCCCUGGACAAAACUCUCCCAGGAUGAAAAGUUGUCGUACAUUGAAGCCGACUUGUGUCUCAUGAACACACCUUCGAAAACAGGCUUGGCUGGAGCGGUAACUCGAUGGGAUGAUCUACAAUGGCCACAUAUCACACAGACUGUGACUAUACACAAUGUGGGAGGCUUUCUCCCCUUUCAUAGGUACUAUGUGGCCGCGCACGAGACAUUGAUCCGCGACGAGUGCGGCUAUACUGGCCGCCUGCCAUACUGGGAUGAAGUGGCAGAAGUCGCCAAUAUGUCUGCUUCAGAGCUCUUCCAAGACCAGUAUUAUGGCGCAAACGGCGCAGGUGGCGAUAGCUGUAUUGAAAAUGGGCCCUUUGCCAAUCUGACAUUGCGAUUCCUUGCAAACAACCAGCUGGGCGACCAUUGCCUAAGUCGCCAGUUCGACCAGUUCUCCUUCAGCGCCGCGGCACAGAAUUAUAUCAACAAGUGCAAUACCUUUACCAAGUAUGUGCUGGCGUGGAACUGCUUCACGUUGGCGCCACACAGCGCUGGCCAUAAUGGAGUUGGUGGCAUAAUGUCGGACCCUACAUUUUCUCCCGGAGAUCCGCUGUUUUUUCUACAUCAUGGUUACCUCGACAAACUCUACUGGGAGUGGCAGAAGCUCGACUAUCCAGCACGACUGUAUGAUAUGGGCGGAGUGAAUGUGCCGCGAACGGCCGAGCCUGGAAGCCCCGACUAUCCGCCCACGGCGGUGACGGAUUACUUUGGCGACAACGGCACUAUAACGACGCUGAAUCACAACCUCUGGAUGACCGACUUGGUGCCAAACGUCACCAUUGCCGACAUCAUGAAUCUGAAUGGGCCUACUAUAUGUUCAGAAUACCUCAAUGCCGAGGAUCUAGAAUGA